UCUCCACUCUCCUGACAGAACCAGGGUGUUUUUGUUUUCUGUCUCAAAGCAGGAUGAUCUGUGCUGUGAAACAGGCAGUGCCGCUGCUACUGCUGCUGGCGGCAGCCACGGUCAUCAGCACCGGCACCGACCAGAAAUGUGACGGUGUGAACAAGAUGCUGCCCAAAGAAGACCUGCACAAGAUCUUUGGGCAUUGGGUUCUGGUCUGGUCCGUCAGUGACAAUCCUCACGCCUGGGACAUGUUCCCAAAUAUUUCGUCCUCCCAUGUCGAGUUCCGCCUCCUCGCCGACAACAAAACCGUCGUGUUCACUGAGAGUAACCUUCAGAACAACGUGUCGUGUACCGUCUACACUGCAAACAUGUCCAUUAACGCUUCUGAGUCCGACCACCACAGACUCAUCACCGAAUCUGCCACAGUGCACACAGAAGAAGGCGUUCAACCAUUCAACGAUAUGGGUGUCAUAGAUCUGUACGAAAGCUGCCCCGACUGCAUGGUGCUGGACUACAAAAGCAAUCUCGGCCGCUUCCUGUUGACCUACAAGAGGGAGGGGCAUCACUCAGAUGUGGAGGCUUUGGCCGCGGCUCACAAACAUCACCAGCUCAGAAGCGAGUGUUUUGGCUACCCCAGUCACCAGCCAUUCAUCUAUGACAGCGUCUCACGUUUUUGUGAUAGGAAAUCUUCAGUGUCAGAGUGAACAAAUGUCUAAGUACGGCAUCUCAAAAUGUGUGUCUCAAAUAAACGCAAAAAUGGUAAAAAUGA